UUUUUUCACGGUUUUUAUUAAUUCUUCUCUUUGUGUACUAUCGUUUUAUCCCUUUUGGUACCAUAAGAAAAUAGACCAUUUAAGAAAGCAUUCUCAUCUCUUAACCAAUACAGAAAAGCUAGGGAGAGAGAGAGAGAACAAAACAAAAAUGGGAAGAGGGAGAGUUGAACUAAAGAGAAUAGAGAACAAAGUUAAUAGACAAGUCACAUUUGCUAAGAGAAGAAAUGGUGUACUCAAGAAGGCUUAUGAACUUUCAGUUCUUUGUGAUGCUGAAGUUGCUCUUAUCAUCUUCUCCAACCGUGGCAAACUAUAUGAAUUCAGCAGCACCUCCUGCAUGAUGAAAACAUUGGAGAAAUACCACAAGUACAGUUAUAAUGAACUGGAGACCAACCAACCAGCCAAUGAUACUCCGAAUUACCAAGAAUAUGUGAGAUUAAAAGCACAUGUAGAAAUUUUACAACGUUCACAAAGGAACCUUCUUGGGGAAGAUAUUGCACAAAUGAAUACAGGUGAGCUAGAGCAAAUUGAAAAUCAUUUGGAGGCAGCACUUAAGAGUAUAAGAUCAACAAAGACUCAAUUCAUGCUUGAUCAACUCAAUGAUCUUCACUAUCGGGAAACGGUGCUUGUUGAAACAAAUAACGAUCUGAGAAGUAAGUUAGAAGAAACCGAUAACUUACAAGUUCCAGGUAGAAUAUUGGCUUUGGAAGCUGGUGGAUCUAAUUUCCAUCAUGCACCCUUUCCUUCACAAUCAGAUAGGUUUUUCCACCAUGUGGGAGUAAAUUCCAACUUGCAAAUUGGAUACAAUCCGAUGGGUUCUGCUGAUGGAGCAUCAUCCUUAAGAAUGAAUGGAUUCGACGCUAUGACGUGGAUGCUCUGAUGACAUUGAAUUUUCACACCAUAAAGAUUAUAAAGAAAUGGUAACGAAUGUGUCUAGCAUUAUUUAUCAACAAUGUUCACAUAAAUAAAAAUGACAAAGUAGUAUUGUCAUAAAAACUCCUGAACCAACAAUUAACGUUGCAUAUUCGUAUAUUGAUCAAUUUAUUCAAAACUUGUAAGCUUUUUAUUCGUCAGAAUGAGAUAAGCAUACUGCAUAUAUGCUAAUAUCAUAGGAGUAAGGUUCUAAGUCUAUA